GACAGCACAUGUUACAUUGACGUGUGUUGCACACAAACUAGCAUUUUUCCGUUGCCAGUAUAAUCAACUUCAUCGCACGGAGUUUGAAUCGAAAUAUUUGGAAAAUUUCUGACUUUUGUAGUUAAAAUCAAGUUCUUUAUCAAUAAGGCACUGAUGCAAGAUGCCACUGAAGAAAAAUCCCUCUUUCCAGGAGGAGCUUUCAUCCAAACUGAAAGAACGAAAGAGACGAGGACUUAGUACAGGUUUCACUUCAGAAUCUGAAGACAGUGACGAUGAUGAUGCGCUUGGAGGUCUCAGUGAUGAUGACAUCCUGUCUCAGUUCACCUCCAAGAACUCAAAGAAGCCACAACCAUCUCAGUCCAAACCGUGGGAGCCACCUUCCACUAAACAGAGGCCGUCACCUUCACCAUCACCUCGCUCUCUGACUAAAUCUUCCAGCGAUGCCUUCCCAACAGCUCCUCCAAGAAACAGAGGUCUAUCUGGAAGUGAGAGUCCAAAGUCCAGGAAGUCAGCAGGUUCACCAGAUCCUAUCAGGGCUCUCCUUGGAGAUGACAAUGGCACAAAGAAGAAGCCUCCUCCCAAGCCGAGUCCAAGACUACGUUCAGGGACCACAGACUCGUCUCCACGAUCAGAGGAUGACUCCCCUAGACCUCAACCAAGGCCAAGGAAUAAAGGACCAUCAGAGAUUGACAAAUUGCUCGGCAUUGCUUCAUCCCCAGAGCCAGAGAAAAGAAAGAAAUCCUUGUUUGAUGAGUAUGAUGAGAGCCAGGGACCUAAGGGUGGUUCUGGUAAGCAGCCACCUAAACCUAAGGACAGAUCAAAAUCUCCGCUGAUGGACAUGUCAGGGCAAAGAGGAAAGUCCUCUAAGACUAGAGGUGGAUCUCCCGAAAGGAAAUCGCCCGACCUUGAUGACUUGUUAGGCAUGAAGAACAAAAGCAAACAAGGGAGGGCUUCACCAGAGCUGAAGCCGAAAUCCAAGAGUAGGAGCGGCUCUCCAGAGAGACAAGCUAGUAAGGCAAUUAAUGAUCGGCGGAAAAAGGAUAAUAAAUCUCCCGAUCUUGAUGAUUUGUUGGGUCUUACAGACAAGAAGAAAUCAGAAAGGGUUUCAAGUAAUUUGAAGCCCAAGAUCAGGAGUGGAUCACCUGAUAGAAGGGGUGGGGGAGCAAAUGAUGAUCAACGGAAAAGAGACAAGUCUCCAGAUUUAGAUGACCUUCUGGGAUUAAGGAGCAAGAAGAAUCGAAGUCCAUCACCAGAAAGGAAUCGUGGUAAGGAGCCUAGAUCAGAGAUAGAUGAUCUUCUAAGUGGUCCGUCGUCCAGAUCAAAACCCAGGAAACAGAAAGGACUAUUGGACUCCUCGUCGGAUGAAGAUGAUGAAGUGUCCAAAGUGAACAACAGGUUAGGUUCCAUGAACCUGAAGCAGAAAGGAGGGUCAAAAUCAGCUUCUCCUAAACCGAAAAGCCUUCUGGACACCCUUGCAGAUUCUGAAGAAGAGGAUGUUAGCUCCAAACGUGGUAGAAGUAGAAGGUCACCGUCUCCUCAAGGCUUUCCACCAAAGCCAAAACCUAGAGUGCCGCAGGACAGAAAAGACACAAAAGUCAAUGGAGAGACACCUCAAAAGUCAGACGACUCCAGAGUUAAAUCUCGUAAGAACCGAAUACCGGGUCUGAAUUCGGAUUCUGAUGAUGACAAUAGUCGGGUCUGGUCCAACAAGAAAGGCAAGCAGAAGCAAUCACUUCUGGAUGUUUUAGAUGAUGAACCUGUAAGAAAGAAAGAUAAAAAGAAAGCUAGAGGAUUGCUUGAUGAUAGUGAUGAUGAUAGCGACAUGGAAGAUCAUCCUCCAAAGAUGACAAAUAGGCGACCUAAGGAGGGUUAUCAAAGUGAUGGAGAAUCAGAAAAAGAAAAGAAGAAAAAACCAAAAGUUCACAAACCAACUCCUACCAGGCCCAAGUCAGCUGCAGUGGGCUCUCUCAACUCAAGCUUCAACUCCGGCGAGAUGAUGGCUACACUCGGCUCAGCGGGAGGGGUGCAGGAUUCCUCUGCUAUCAGACAGGCCAUCUAUGAACAAUGGCGGGCAGAGAAAACAGAGAGACUGAAGAAGCAGAAGAAGGAAGCAAAGAAGAGGGAGGAGGAAGAGAAGGAGAAGAAAGUCAAGGAAGCUGAAGAGAAGAAGUUUGAAAACAUGGCUUCUUUCAAGGCUUGGCAGGAUUCCAAGAAAUCGGUGUUGUCAGACCAACGCAAGAGAGAGCUCAAGAAACAAGAGGAAGAACGGCGCAAGAAGGAAGAAGAAGAAUCCAAGAAGUAUGACGCUAAUAAGGCCUUUGAGAUGUGGAAGGCUGAUAAAGAUGAGGUUCUCAUCGACAAACAUCGGAAGGAAAAGAAAAAGCAGAAGAACCUGGAAGAAACCAAAAUCUAUGAGAAGGAGAACAAAGAAAAAGAUGCCAAUAGCGCUUACAAGAAAUGGAAAUCCGUCAAGGACGACAAGCUGCACGAUGCCGAGAAGAAGAAAAGACGAGAUGAGCAGCUGAAGAAGGAGAUGGAGGAACGGGAGAGGAGAGAGAAGGAGAAAGAUAGCCACAUUGCCUAUGAUGAAUGGGAGGAGAAACUCCAGAGAAGGAAAGAGAGAGAAAGGAGGAGACUACAAAACACUCAGCCUAUCUCAACAACUCCAUUUAGACCUAGUGGGAAGACUAUCCCUUUCAGAAGAUGAAAUAAGUAUUUAGUUGCUUGUAAAAAAAAAAUAUAUCAGAAAGAACUCAAUGUAUUUUUAUGCCUCUGCUCGAAGGCAUAAUGUUUUUGGAU